AGAGCUGCCACAUAGUCACGUGUUAUUGUACUUUCUUUAGAGAGAUCAACGACGGAGAGGGUGGCCUGGGGUGGAAACUGCGAACAACCCUCGGCGCCGCGAAGCCGGACACGGCGAGGUUCUCCGUCAUCCUCCGCGCGUCAGCCCCUCUCCCUGCCGUGAGCGAGGCUCUCUGGUGGAGGAGCUACCGGGGUACGACGAAGGGCAAUGGCCGAUUGCUCAGCCUCGUUGGUUUCGGCUACAAUUCGGGUCGAAUCUCGAGGAAAUUGAUCACGGGAAGGGGAAAUUCGUUCGUGAAUUGACUGAGCAGUGGACUCCCGAAGCUCCGCAAUCGAAGGUGAGGAGCAUCAUGGAAGCAAGCCAUACUUAUUCGAUUCCAAAACCUGGUAUGCAGCAGCUGAAUAACGUGAGGGGCUCGGGAGCAAUGUCUUCAUCCUCGUCAGUUCUUCCAACUCAUUUUGAAGAGAGAUAUCCCAAGCUUCCAGAUUCGCAUCAGGUUACCAUGUCAAGUUCUCUAUCUCAUGGAACUCCUCUACAGUCCAGUGGUGGGGCAGUUGGUCAUAUGUGUUCAUCGACCUCUGGAUACUCAACGGGUCUUCAUUACUCAUCUGUUACUCCUCCGGAAAAGCAUUCAGGAAGUUCUCCAUUUAUUUCUCAGUCAACAAGUGGUGGGAUGACUUAUAUGAUAAAAUCUUCUGCUGAUGCUGAGCUUCUUCAAGCUGAAGCUUCAACACAAUACGAUAACGACAACAAGGCAUCUUGGUGUUCGGAUACAGUACCAUGUGUUUAUGAUUUUCCCGUGAAUUCUCCCUUUCAGAACAAUCAGAUGGAAAGUGGUGAUGGGAUUGGUGUCCUGGCAUCUGAGGACUUUAGUAAACCAAACAAUUGGCAGGAAUGGGCAGAUCAGCUAAUUAAUGAAGAUGAUGAUUUGACACCAAAUUGGGAUGAGCUUCUUGGUGAAACCAACUUCUCCAAUCCAGAAUCGAAGAUGGCAUAUGGGGUCAGCAAAUCACCAUCAAAUCUGUCAGCACAUCGGACACGAUUGCAUCCAGAACUUCCUGCUUCAUCGGGGGAUACUCAUACUGCCAACAACUCUUCAUCCACAGCAAAUAGUACUCCAGCCAAGGCACGUAUGCGCUGGACACCAGAACUUCAUGAGGCUUUUGUGGAGGCUGUCUGUAAGCUCGGUGGCAGCGAACGAGCCACACCUAAGGGUGUGCUAAAACUCAUGAAAGUUGAAGGCCUGACAAUCUAUCAUGUAAAAAGUCACUUACAGAAGUAUAGGACUGCAAGAUACAGACCAGAUUGUUCAGAAGGGUCAUCAGAGAAAAAAUUGACUCCUAUUGAAGAAUUGUCAUCCCUUGAUCUAAAGACGAGCAUGGAGAUCACUGAAGCUUUGAGAAUGCAGAUGGAAGUACAGAAGCGUCUGCAUGAGCAACUUGAGAUUCAGAGGAAACUCCAGCUUCGGAUUGAAGAGCAGGGGAGAUACCUCCAGAAGAUGUUUGAGAAGCAGAGCCAAUCAGGAAUGAACAAGCUGAAAGAAUCUUCUUCUACUUUGGACAAUCACUCUGCGCCUUCUGGAGAACUUCAAGACCCCCCUGAAAAUGGCGAAUCUGAAGAAUCCAAGGAGGAGCCAGAAACAACUGAUAUCGAUCCGGUCAACGAUAGCAACGUUGGUCUGUUAGAGUGUUUGCAGGAGCAUGGGGGUUCGCAAACAGAACCUGCAGCUGUCUCUCUUGAGAGUCCCGAGCAAGGGAUGCACGAGUCGUCUUCUCAGCCUUCAAAGCGACAGAAAGUGGGUGUUUGAGGUGACGAUUUAUCCCAACUCAGCAUUGCGAAUUUGCAGUGAGCAUGUCAAACUAAAUGAAAGGAAGAAAUGAGUCGAGAACGACGUUAUUCUCUGCUUUUUUCGCAUGGAGUGUUGAACUUGGAAGGUUUUUGUGUCUGCAUUUUUCACUGUCUCUGUUUUCUGCAACAGAUAUAUGCAUUUCAGCUGACCAAUAUUACCACUUAUUAGCUGCUUUCGCAUUAGCUGAACUUGGUUUCGGCCCUGGAGCAUCAGUUUUCUGUCAGGCUACAAGAGAUUUGGCUGUCUGUAAUUCCAAUAACAUGUUGGAAUGCUGCCCUUAUGAUUCAUAUGUUUUGAAUGUUAUUUACUUAUAUCUGCUACUUCGAGAUGAAUGGAAGAUGAAAAUGAAGCGCUGCUUGGAUUUUGCUCUUUA